AUGUUUGAAACAAAAUUUUAUUUUAUAUUAUUAAUUCUAUUAAAACUAUAUAUAUUAAUAUUAUCACAAACACCAACAUUGCCAAAAAAAGAAAAUAGAUAUUUCACUAAUGGUACUAUAAGAAAAACCAAUAGUUUAACUUAUAAACCAUUUUGUAUAAAUCAAUUAGAUACUACUAAUGGUAUUUCAGUCAUUGAAUGCAAAAAUUAUCCUUUAAAUUCAAUACAACGAUCAAAAUCACUUCCAUCAAGUUUUCCUAAUUUUGCUGAUAAACAAAGAAAGUCAAUAAGUAAUUUAAUUUCAAGUGAUUCAUUAGCAUUAAAUGAUGCUAAUUUUAUAGAAACACAAUCAAAACUUGGAAAAUUUGUCGAAAAACAAGGUGUAUUUGGUUAUUUAAUUUGGAAAAGCGUAUGGAUAAAUUUUGAUUUUGUUAGUCUUUUCAAAGAUAAUUGUGCAUUGUUUAAAAGUAAAGUUGUAACUGAAAUAAAUUUAUAUAGAAAAUAUCAUAAUGUACUUCCAUUAGAAAUAGAUGGAAGUUUUAAUAUACUAGCGGAGAUACAUAUUCAAUCAUAUAUGGAUGAAAAUAAAUGUGAGACAAGUAAAUAUACACCAUAUGCAGAAAUUUGCCAAGCUAUUCCUGUUUCUUCAGCUACUAUAUUAAUUAAUUAUUGGUAUAGUGGAUUUUCAAAAUAUAACUUUUUUUUACAUAUACCUAAAUCAUCUACCCAACCAUUUACACAAUUAGUAUGGAAAUCAUCGCAACAAAUUGGUAUUGCAGCUAGAAUAAAAAAUAAUAUUCUUUAUAUUAUAUUCAUUUUCUUUCCAAGGGGUAAUAUUAAAGGAAAAUAUCGAGCAAAUGUCAUGAAACGUAAAUUUACUUCUAAAAAUUAA